AUAUACUUUUGCUUAUAUUUUUUAAGGUGUCUUUAAAAGGUCGAUAUCUGAUCCUUAUAUAUUAUAUAAAGGAACGAUCGCUAUGCAGACGGGCUCAACUCAACUCGUGACAAUGGACGAGGAGACGUUACGAAGAGCCUUUUGUGAACACCCUCUGCACAAAGUCAAGCACUUCACUGCAGCCACCUCUGCAGCAGACUGUACAUCGGCGGUCGUUGUUGCGGUGGCUGCAGCGAUUCCAAUUUCGAUCAUCGACUAUAGUAUCAUGUCUCGUAUCGCCGGCGUAACGGACAGCAGUUUAAAAGAACUGUUUAAAGGUAUUCGAACGGUCCUUUUUCGGCCUCACAAGUUUUUCCUUCCCACCAAAGAAAAUAAAUGUUGCAUAGUUUUCUGUGUUUGUGCAACGACCUAUUGCUUCACCUACAUCGGCUCGAACUUAUCCAAGAGCUAUUGUGAAUCGCAUGGGAUGGCUAACGAGGCCAACCUCGCUGCGGGAAUUGUCAGCGGUGUUGUGAACACCCUCUUAACAAUAUGGAAGGACAGCGUCAUUCUGAGGCAGCUCCCGCCGAAGAACACUACGGGUUCCUCGGUGAAUGCGAAACGAAUCCCUCACCUCACGCGGGGGCUUUUUUGCGCCCGUGAUGUUCUGACGUGUGUGGCCGCCUUCACACUGGCCCCCAUGCUGGCGGAUUGGCUCACGCACUACGCCUAUUAUCAUAAAAAAAUUGAGGGUAUCCCAAGAGAUGCGAAGCUACCCGAGGAUGAGAACAAGGUUCGCUUACCAAUGUCCGUUUCAAACACGGCACAGAUAGUUACACCAGCAUUGCUUCAGUUUGUCACUACUUUGCUACACAUUACGGCGAUUCGGUAUAGACAAACGUACCCCAACUUUGAUUGGAAAGAUUUUACGCAGAGCCUUAAAGCAACAUAUGUGUCCUCUACGUUGUUGCGCAUGUGUCGUAUAAUCCCGGCAUUUGGUAUUGGAGGUAUCUUGAACCAGAGAAUGCGUACCAAUUUGUUGGACAAAGCCGAGCAAAACUAAAGUUACAUUUUCAUUAGAUAAUAACAUUGAUCCGUUUGUCUUUUAUUUUAUUUUUCUGUAUUUAGUAUAUCUAUUCCCUUAAUCCAUUUGUCACUUAGUAGUUAGAAUUGUAGCAUUUAGGGGACAAAUUCCUAUUUUCUGUGUGGCAAAUAUGAUAUUCUCACCCCUCUUCCUAUAUACCUAUCAUUCACGGUUUACUAUUUCUUUUAUGGAAAGUAAA